ACUAUGAUUUUUAUUGCUAAACUGUAGGGUGCAAGCUGAUGCAUAUGGUCAAGCUGCAACCAAUCUGGUCACGGGUAAUACUCUUGAGCAGAUGAUUCAACAAAUAAUAGAUAUGGGCGGUGGUAGCUGGGACUGAGAGACAGUCAUGUGCGCACUUCGUGCAGCUUACAACAAUUUAGAGCGAGCUGUGGAAUAUUUAUAUUCUGGUAUUCCGGCGGCAACCGAAGUUGCUGUUCUAGUAGCUCGAGUUCCCUCAAAUCAGGCAUCAGGCCAAGGGGCCAAUGCCACAACAACUGAAGCUGAUUUAGGAGGGGUAGCUCCUCUCUCUAGAUUAUCCAAUUCGGCUCCAUUGAAUCUGUUUCUGCAGGUCAAGUUCUGCUUCCUGUUUGUUCUCAAUGAAUGCUUCAUCCAUUCACUUAUAUGAUUUUUGCUAGACCAUGUGCACCACCUGACAGCUCUACAUGCUGCUUCUUCUUUUUGGAUUUUAGUCUGAAUUUGGGUUUUUGUCUAAUUAGGUAGCAAUCAAAGGCCUCAAAUGUAUUUUUUAAUAACUUGUUAGUAGAGAAGCAAUUUGAUUUAGAUUUUUCUUUUCUCUUGGUGAUGGGAAGAACUUUCCUAAGCUGGAUUUGAAGAAUGUUGCUUGUUUGCGUGAAGUUAGUCUUUUUUUUUUUUUUUUCAAGGAACUAGGUUUUAGGCCUUCUCUUCAUGAUUGGAGGACAUUCCUUGUUGAUAUUACACAUUUUGAGGUUUUGAAUGUGGGAGUUGUUUCCUUU